CCCCCACAUACCGCACACAGGACUCGGGGAUCUCUGCGUGUCUGGUGGACAAUAAAUAUCACAUUUUCAUUUAAAAGAGACAAGUGAGGCUUCCGCAAAUCCCCACAUCCACCCCCCACACUGCAUUCUGCUGUCAGGGCAUGUGCUGAAGUCAACUGGGGCAUAAUUCAGGGUUUUUAUUACAUUCUUGCGGUGGCGGUUAGCAUUAGCUCGCUAGCUAACGGAAACCUCCCUGGGCACCGUAGCGGCUCGGGACAUGAAGCGGACCGGCAGGAGACGCAGCUCGGUGUGGGACUGCUUCGAACAAGUGGGCAACUUCGUCCGCUGCAUGAAAUGCGACGCGACGCUGAAGUACUGCGGCGGAGCCACCAGCACCAUGAUGAACCACAUGAGCAGGCACCAUCCGUACACUGCGCCGCUGGACGAGGACGAGAAGCCGGUGAUCUGCACCGUCCAGUGCAGCAGCGAGGAGGAGAGCGCCGCUAACAACCAGGACAUCAUGCAGGUCAACAUCAUGUCUCCCAACGUGGCCGCGAACAUCCACGAGCGAGACUACGGGGAGAGGAAGCGCCUGAAGCGGAGCUCCGUGUGGGACAUUUUCAUCAAAGUGGACGACGAGGUCCACUGCACCAUGUGUGACACCAAGCUGAAGUACAGGAGCAGCACCACCAGCAUGAUGUACCACAUCAAGAACAAGCACCCGGACACGAUGCCUAAUGACGGGGUGUCACUGGCCACACACGCAGAGGUGACUGAACUCAUCUCCAGGAUGAUAGAGAAGGACAUGCUCCCCAUCAGCGUGGUUAGCGGGGAUGGGUUUCGAGAGCUACUUGCAUACACAGUGCAUAAUUAUAAAAUGCCAUCUACUGGUGAUAUCACACGUCUUAUUGAAGGACACUUCCAUGAGAAGGUGGAGGAGCUGGUGGUGCAGCUGGGUAGGGUGGAGAAAGUGGCUCUCACUGCUGAAUUCUGGACAGCUCUGCCCUUCCAAAGGUACAUCACAGUGUCCUGCUCCUUCAUAACGGAGGAGUGGCUGGGCAGGUCAGCUGUGCUGCAGACACACAAGCUGUCAUCAGACAGUCAGCCCACUACAGACAGCGUCACAGAGAAGCUGCUCAACACUGUGAAGACGUGGGGUAUCGACGGGAAAGUGACCGCGUGUGUUCAUAAUAACACACAAGACAUUUUGUCAGCACAUGCGUGUUCCCACGUCAGCUGGGACUACGCCACUUGCUUUGCCACUACACUGCAGCAGGCAGUCAGUAAUGGGCUGAGUGAGGAUUUAGUCCGCAUCAUAAUUUCUGCAGGGAAACUUGCCAAGCACUUCAGUCACAACAUGCUGGCGGGUGAGGCCUUGGAGCAGAAGCAGGUUCAGAUGUGCCUGCCGCAGCACAAGCUCAUCCAGUCGAGCAAAGCUCGAUGGGACACUAUCUGUGAUAUGUUUGAACGCUUACUAGAGCAAAGGUGGGCUAUUAAAGCUGUGCUCUCCGAUCGCACAGUCACCAACAGACAGGAAGCCCAGACCCUUGAGAUUGAAGAUGACUACUGGCAAAUAAUUGAGAAUUUCACACCUGUGCUGGCAACAUUGAAAUGGGCAACGACAGUCAUAUCUGCUGAAACAGAGGUUUCCAUUUCAAACAUCUACCCAAUCACGUUCAGCCUCAUUCAGACUCACCUUGUGCCAAGAGAGAAUGAUGUUGAACAAGUGUCCGAGUUUAAGCUGAAAGUUCAGACGUCACUUAGGAGUCACAUGGAGGUCGACUCUAAUGACUUGUCGUCCAAACCAGCUCUGAUCGCCUCCAUGCUGGACCCUCGUCACAAACAUCUCAGCUUCCUGACGCCGACAGGGAGACUGGCUGCAAAGGUCAAACUGCACGAGCUGGUUUCAAAGUUAGAUGUCAUAACUACCACAGUGGGUCCAAAGGAUGAACAGCACGAAACCCUUAUCAUGCCUGAUAUUAGCCAGGUGGCCAUGCCCUCACAAAUGAGAAGUGACACCAAAAACACCAUGAUGUUGCUCCUCGGAGACAACUACAGCUCCUCCUACGCCACAGACUCCGAGGCUCAGGUAGAUUACUACUUGAGAGACAUCGCCCCCUCGUUGGACAUAAACCCCCUUGAUUGGUGGAGGGUGAACGGACCGAGAUUCCCCAAACUGGCCACUCUGGCAAGACACUAUUUGUGCGUACCCGGGGUAUCGCUACCGUCUUUGUUGUCUGAGUCUGGACAAGCGUUUGCAACAAUGCGUACAAGACUGAGCCCAGAGCAUGUUGACAUGAUGAUCUUUGUAAACCGAAAUGCGUAACUUAAAUAACCCAACAUGAUGAAGGUUUACACUGACUUCCUGUACUAAUCAUAGAGUAAGGCUACUGUGGUGCAGCGGUGGACAGUCAGAAAGAAAGGGGCAAUAACAGGGCUUUAACAACAGGUACUUUCCCACUGCUGACAACAAAAAAAGUUAAAUAGAUUGUAUUUAUAUGGCGCUUUACCUGUCUUAGAGGCUGCUCAAUGCACUUUACAGUACAAGUUACAUGAACCCAUUCACACGUUCAUAUGGUGUUUCUUCUACUACACAUUUAUAAACGGUCAGGAGAAAUGUGGGACUCAGUAUCUUGCCCAUGGGCACUUCAGAAUGCAGGCUCUAGGAGACGGGAAUCGAACAACUGACCCUCUAUGCCUCCUGAGCCACAGCUGCCCACAGGUCCCUCUGAGCAUUUAACUCUUUCAUUUAAAGUCCAGAGUGCGAACCGUUAAACAUGGAGCCACAUGGGAACUCACUUUUACAGUAGUUGAUAUCAGCUGAAUUGCAGUUGAAUACUUAGCUACAUAAAGCCAACGGUAAAAUGAUGUCAACAACAUCAUCAUUCACCUAAACACAAGUAAUGUUUUGUACAUGGUAGUUACAAUGUACAUUUCUUCAAAAUCAUCUAGUUGUCUUCAAAAACAAUGAGGAAAAACAAAGAAGAAUCUCUGUUACCAUGGUAUCAAAGUGAAUAUUUGUACAGAUAGGAACACACUGAACAAACUACCACUGUAUAAUAACCAGUAUUAACGUGAUGGCUGUUGUGUCUCAGUGUGCUGAUCCAAUGAUAAAAUACAUACAGCUGUA